UAAGCAACUUAUAGCGGGACUGUGGCAGGUAUUCUGACAUAGGUGGGAACUGACUUGGUGUCACUGAUAUCCCCAGUGACACCAAUACAGUGAGCAGUGCUAAUAAAUGGCACUUACACUGUACUAAUGGCACUGGGCAGGAAGGGGUUAACAUGUGGGGCGAUCAAAGGGUUAACUGGUUGCUGUGUGUGUUUUCUAUGCGGGCUGUGUAUGUGUUUCACUGGCUUUGCUAUGCAGAGCCACACAAAGCAGUGUGCAGGAUCUGACAGGGGAGAUCUGUAUUGUUUACAUACAGGUCUCUCCCCCAUCGGAAAUCCUCAAAAAUCGCUGGGUGCCGGCGGAGAAGCACUGGCUGGGACCCGGUGAUUGACAGCCGCAGCAGUGAAUGGCGGCGCG